CAGCUCACAACUCCGCACUCUCUCACCGUCUCACGCCCACACUGCCAGUCCGCCCGCGCACACAGCGAGCGCGCGAACGAGAGAGACAUGGCCCACUCGCCGUCGGGAUCGCGCGCGGCGGCGCCGUCGACCGAGGGCGGGACCUUCACCGACGCGGGGGCGGAGGACGUCGGCGACUCGAAGCUCUCCGCGUUCCUCUUCGACGUGUCGCUGCAGGUGCAGGGCGGUCUCCAGAACAUGCUCAAGAUGAGCAGCGAGAUCGAGCGGUGCGACGGCGAGAUCGAGGCGGAGGUGGGGCGCGCCAGGGACGCCGUGGCGGAGAAGGGCCGGGCGCUGGACGAAGACCGGGAGAGGGUCCAGAAGGCCGCCCUCGCCGCGCUCGACAUCCUCAGCGGCGGCCGCGGCGCCAUCUGAAGGGAUGCGCGCGACGGACGCCACCGCCGACUUUUCUUCACGUCACACAUCAUACCUCAACAGUUCGUGCAAGACUCCUGAGUAUGUCGCCACAACGCCAGUGUGCAAGACUCUUUCUAGUGGUAACAUAGUGAUGGUAGUAGUACUGUAGUAGCAGCAGCAGCAGCAGCAGCUUGUGGCGUCGUGCCUGGUGGAGACCUGGAAUGGAAGGACUCCGUGUUACCGUGGUUGCCUCUUGUACUUCGCCGUGUACAUGGGCUGAGAACCGAGCUGUAUCCACACCAAUCCAUUCUCAUGAGGGAAAUAAAUAUUACCCACUCCACUUCAAACCUCCACAA